AUGAAAAUCCAGAAAUCAAAUAUCAUUUAUUCUGAUUCGGAUUCUGAUGCAAUUAUAAGGAUAUCUGGAGAUGAAAUACGUACAGAAUCAGUGGAUGUAAUGAUACAAAUAGAGGGACAGGGAACUAAGCGGACCAGGAGUCUAUCCGGUGUUGAAAAAAGUGACAAAAGCAAUCCUAAAAGGAAAAGAGUCCAACAAACGGGCAAAACACCUGGACAACAGGAAAAAGAAGUUUCACAACGAACAGAAAAGGAAUCUAGGAAAAGUACUAAAGCACAAAGAGGACCAGAAGGUACCCCAAAAGCCAAAACAGCACAGAAGGGCCAGCCUAAAAAGAGGAAAAGCAGGCAAGAUGAAGAUAACCCGUUCCUAAAUAGAGUUUCACCCCAUGCUGUAUGCGAUUUUGUUGCAAAACUGGAUGACCUACAAAUAAAAGCUAUCCGAGAAAUCGGGUUUGGGCACCUUCUGGAUAUCAAAUUUGAGAGCCCCCAAUUUUCACGAGUGAUAAUUCAAGGAAACCAACAGCUGACAAUAGAUGAGGCAGAUGUGGAGGCCGUAGUGGGCUUACCACGAGGUCGGUAUGAAGUGGUAGACUACGUUGAAGGAAAAGGGAGUGAAGAGUACACAAGGCUGGUUGAUGAGAUGAGAAUAACAUUUGGUUUAGAUACAGGCAAAGGAGGUCCACCAGCAAAUAAACUGUUGAACUAUCUAGUUGGUGGGAGGAUGAAAAAAAAAGGCGUGGAACCAGACCCGGCAACUUUUACAGACCGUAUAUAUGGAGAUAAGUUCAAAAGAUGGUUCGUCAUCGGAGUUGUAUCCAGUAUAUUCUGGAGAACAAGAUCUUCGGACUGUCGUUUUCAGCUGAUGAACUCCCUGAUAAAUGUAGAUCAGAUCAAAGAAUUGAAAUGGUGUGAAUACAUCAUUACAACACUUAAGUUCACGGUGUUGGAAUGGAAAAGGAAUCCAGGGCAUUAUACAGGGCCACUAGUCUUUAUUGUGCCAGCAAAAAAUGACAGUUUUUUGGGGAAAGGAAUUGACACAGAGAGCCAAUUGGAUGCUUGGUGCAACAGUGAAGAGAUGAUUGAAUGCAUAAAAAAUUUCGAAAGCUUCAUAGAAGAUGCAUUAAAAUCGUCAAAACCUGCCAAUACGCAGCAGGAGAAGGGUGAUGAUGAUGUGAUUUCAUCAAAACCAAACUGGAGUAUUGGGCUUACCCAGUUGGAGUUUGAAGCAAGCCAAUUUAAAGUGGUUCAGCCUGAAGCAAAUGAGACUGAAGGAUUGAAUACCGUCGAGAAGGAAAUCUUAGAGAGCGUCAUACAAGGUGCAACAACUAAUUACUCUACACCACAAAAGGUAAAUGACAGUACAUGUGAUAACACAAAUCAGCAAAGUGUCAGUGAAGAAGAGAUAAAAGAGUAUAUUGAUAGUGUUCUCAGCGGGAAAAAGCAAGACCAAAGGAAAAAAAGAGGAGAACUUAAAAUAACUGAUAAGUCACCAUUCUGGAAAAAUGGUGGAAAUGGAAUCAAAGGGAUCACUAAAAUUGAAAGGCUCGUAUCUGAUUACGCAUUUGCGGAUGACAACGACAUGUACAAACCCUUCUACGAUGCCAAUCUAUGA